AUGAAUCAUAUUGCUGAGAAUGUAUGGGAUACACGGGUGUAUUUACUUUUAGACAAACGUGCUACUUUUGUUUGUGGACCCUCUUCGACGCGUCUGUCGAGUACUGCUCAGCAGCAGAAAUGGUCGAACGGCAUUUGUAUGAGUCUGUUUGGCUUUUUCUUUGCUCGUAACGCUUUAACACGAGCUCGAUUACAAAUAGCACGCUCUUUCCACGAAAAAACGGCCGCUGUACGGUCUUUUAGCUCAGAGUUGUGUCUUGCCUCGGGCUGUCCUGCCUCUCAACAUAGCAGUACGGUCGUAGAUGUGCCAAAUUUUACUAUUACGAAACCAAAUCUCACGCUACAGUGGACCAGAGACCAGGCGACGGAACUAUUUCAGCAACUGCAUCGGUUAUGGAAAUGCAACAUCAUUGUGGCACCCUGCCAGCAUCUGAAGAGGAGCGGUGCUUCUCCACAUUCACUCUUGGCUUUAAAAAACGUACUGAAAUGGUUUGUAUGUGUGCCAGAUAUCGUGUUUGCUUCGUUGGAGGGAGUGGCCUUUUGUCGUGCCAUACAAUUGCCAUUACAGGAUGCAGCGACGGCCGUUGAGGUGCUUGCCCAUUUGUACGUACAAAGCAGCGUUCACGGAUUCCAUCAGGUGUCUGCUGUCCUUUUGUCCAUACUUCAAAAACGAAAUUGUAUUCCUUACUUAACACGGACAUGGCUAACAAAGACAUUGCGAACACUGCUUGAGCACAAUCAAUUGAAAGAGGCUCGACGGUUAUUCUUGUCCGUACUGCGGUUUGAGUCCUUGUUGCCUUCUCCCUAUGUUGUUGUGUUGCUUAUGAAACGGCUCUGGGCUCAUGAGCACAGUUUACCGUCCAUCCAUUCUGUUGUGUGUCGAUCUCUUCAACUCCGUACCCAUUUUCGUGCUCAGGAUGCCUAUCUAAUCACUUUCUACCUAAAAUGUGCCCUUCACUCACAGCUAUUGCCAAGUCCCGGGAAAGAAAAAGCAGCGAAUACCCGUGCUGACGAUGCUACUGCCGGUUCCCCUUCGCUUAGUGCAAAGUUUCUCUCCCUUUGGAACCAGCUAGAAUCAAUUCUCAAAGACGCUCGACCGCAAUCUGUUCUGUCCACUUACAACACCGUGCUUGCUCAUUGUCUAAAGCGUCGUGACAGCAAAGGAGUCUUGAUUGUUAUAGAACGCCUCCUUUCUCGACCCCGACUCGUGCCUUCCCCUGUGACUCGCCGUAUCGUAAAGCAGCACUUAAAUCCGUUACCGUCAGGCUCACCUUGGGACUUGGUUCGUCGGCGGUGGACCCUUUUUCUUACUCAAAGGGAACGAAAAGGCUGAUCAUUUCAUGUUCGUCUGUCCAUGGAGGCGACAACUAUUGUUGAACCGACGGCAUCUGUCUUUGAGAUUUCCCCCAAUCCUCCCGCCGCACCCCCGCAUGCAUCCACGCACUACUGCACACAACUCGUUCUACAUUCUUCGCCUGUGAUCUUAUUUUCCUUCUUCUACGACCAGCUCCCCUUUCUUCCUACCAUUCCGCCUUUCUCCUUCUCGCUUAAACUCCCCACACAUCCCACAUGUUCCCCCACGCGCCCAUGUCCUGCCCAUAUUAUUCCGGUACCCCCAUUCUCGCUACCCCGCGCACCCGGAUUUACUCUCCCCACCGCUAUCGGUGACAUAAGCGUGUGUGUUGUCACUAUGAUUAGAUUGCUGUCGUCAUGCUCGCUUAAUACAAAUUCUAAUCUACUCAAUUUUCCCACCACCAUUGAGGCGAGGAGGGCAGUGAUAGAGCACACUUGGCGGUCACUACAGCAGCUGCUCUUCGACAACGACAGCUCGAAGACGCAGAACCGUAGAUUUGGUUUUCCAGUGCAAUUCAGUAGAUUACAAAGUUCUAUUU